GAUCGUCUUUUGAUCAAAGGUGGUAAAAUAGUUAAUGACGACCAGUCUUUUUAUGCAGACAUUUACAUGGAAGAUGGGUUGAUAAAGCAAAUAGGAGAGAAUCUGAUUGUGCCAGGGGGAGUGAAAACUAUUGAAGCCCAUGGCAGGAUGGUGAUUCCUGGAGGGAUUGACGUUCACACCCGCUUCCAGAUGCCGGAACAGGGGAUGACAUCUGCUGAUGACUUCUUCCAAGGGACCAAGGCUGCACUGGCUGGGGGCACCACCAUGAUCAUCGAUCACGUGGUUCCUGAGCCAGGGACCAGUUUGCUGACUGCAUUCGACCAGUGGCGAGAAUGGGCAGACAGCAAAUCCUGCUGCGACUACUCUCUGCACGUGGAUAUCACCGAGUGGCAUAAAGGUGUCCAGGAGGAGAUGGAAGCUCUGGUUAAAGACCAUGGUGUGAACUCCUUCUUGGUUUACAUGGCUUUCAAAGAUCGCUUUCAGCUAACUGAUUCUCAGAUAUAUGAGGUCCUGAGUGUAAUCCGGGAUAUUGGUGCGACAGCUCAAGUGCAUGCUGAGAAUGGUGACAUCAUUGCUGAGGAGCAGCAAAGGAUCCUGGAACUGGGGAUCACAGGCCCUGAAGGGCAUGUGUUGAGCAGACCUGAAGAGGUGGAGGCGGAGGCUGUGAACCGGGCAAUAACCAUUGCCAACCAAACCAACUGCCCCCUUUAUAUCACCAAGGUGAUGAGCAAAAGUGCUGCUGAUGUCAUUGCUCAAGCCAGGAAAAAGGGCACUGUGGUGUAUGGAGAGCCCAUCACAGCCAGCUUGGGUACCGAUGGAUCUCAUUACUGGAGCAAGAAUUGGGCUAAGGCGGCAGCUUUUGUCACUUCCCCACCACUGAGUCCUGACCCAACCACUCCUGAUUUUCUCAACUCACUACUGUCCUGUGGAGACCUCCAAGUUACUGGCAGUGCCCACUGCACCUUCAACACUGCUCAGAAAGCUGUUGGGAAGGACAACUUUACCCUGAUCCCUGAAGGAACCAAUGGGACUGAAGAGAGGAUGUCCAUCAUCUGGGAUAAGGCUGUGGUGACUGGCAAGAUGGAUGAGAACCAGUUUGUCGCUGUGACCAGCACAAAUGCAGCUAAAAUCUUUAACCUGUACCCACGGAAGGGCCGUAUUGCAGUGGGCUCGGAUGCUGAUCUGGUUAUCUGGGAUCCUGACAGUGUCAAGACAAUCUCCGCCAAGACUCAUAACAUAUCUCUGGAGUACAAUAUCUUUGAAGGCAUGGAGUGCCGUGGGUCUCCCCUGGUGGUUAUCAGCCAGGGGAAGAUCGUGCUGGAGGAUGGGAAUCUCCAUGUCACCGAGGGAUCUGGACGGUAUAUCCCCAGGAAACCGUUCCCUGACUUCGUUUACAAGCGCAUCAAAGCAAGGAGCAGGCUGGCCGAGCUGCGGGGUGUGCCUCGGGGCCUCUACGACGGACCCGUCUGCGAAGUGUCAGUGACACCGAAGACCGUCACACCAGCGUCUUCAGCCAAGACGUCUCCUGCCAAACAGCAGGCCCCACCCGUGAGGAACCUGCACCAGUCUGGAUUCAGCUUGUCUGGGGCACAGAUCGAUGACAACAUCCCACGCCGCACGACUCAGCGCAUCGUGGCACCGCCCGGCGGACGCGCCAACAUCACCAGCUUGGGCUAAGGACCGACCCCUUCUGUGCCCGCCUAGCGGACCAGGGGACGGGGGCACCUGGAGACCCUUUUUGAUUCUUUUAGAGCCUGUGACAGUUACUGCGGGCAACCAGUGAGGGGGGGGCUGAAGUAAGGCGCCUCUUUCAGUCCCCUCAGAUUCCCUCCUCAUCUUCACCAACCCCUCUCACUUCCCCCCUCAGCCCCUACACAUUUAAAGAAAUAAACCCUGUUUUGACACCUCUGACAUGCAAAAGUAAAUGUAAAGAGGAUGUUUGAGAUAUGUGGCCUCUGUCCCAUUCAGCAUCUUUCUUUUAAUAAAGGAAGGAUAAAGUGAAUUUUCCGGGAGCUGCCUUUAAGACACACAAAAAAGGAAUAAAUAAAUAAUAAAUGUAAAAAA